UGUAACGGUAAAUCAAAUCUCGUACGACUUACUAAGUGAUCAAUAACCCGUUUGUGUAUCAGUCUCCAGUGAUUAAUCGCAAGUCACGCACGCAUCUCUAACUAAGCCAACUGGUGUUAAAAGUGCAUUGUGCUAAUUGCGUCACACACGGCGCAUGCUUUUGUUUUUCUUUCGUUUUGUUUCUUUUUUUUAAUGUCGCCAGUCGUGAAGUGAAGAGAGAGAUAAAGAAAAUUACCACAAAACAAAGCAAACAGCAACUAAAUGGUGAAAAGUCAAAAUCAUUUCAUCAUACUUGUUGCUGACUCAAAAGCAUCGAGAAAAUGAAGUGUCAAACCAGGUGAUGGCAUAUAAUCAAUUAUUUGGAUAUAUUUUUUGGGUUAUGGAUAAAUCUGGUGUAAAAUAAUGUCAUGCAUUGGCUCGACGGCAUUUCUUUGGAUGACAAUUUAAUUAGCGGACGCCCCAGCGGCAGUGGCAACGGUGACGACAACAGUGACGGAGGCCAUCAGAGGAAAUCAACGCAAAGCUCAUCACCGACAAAAACAAAACGAAGACGUCAUGCACACUAUAAGCUAAAUAGCAGAUUGGACAGAAAGUCAUCACGUGGCAUGAUAUACGAAAAUGAAGAGCUCAGGUUGCGUACCAUUAACAUAAAUGCCGAAGUCGAAAGAGGCCAAUCGGAUAUUAAACGUUUACGUCGCGAAAAUGAGCAACUGCGUCGAGAAAUCUGGACCCUGCGCGACGAAUGCGAUCGUCUCAACAAGCGAUUCAAAGCCAAGCUGAACGAACAUGAUUUCGGUGGCGGCGGCUGCAGAGGAAGUGGGGGCAGUGGCAGCUGUCAUGCCCGACGUUGCAGUGGCGGUGGUCGGGGCAGCGGAGGUUGUGAUGUUAACAGUGAUGACUCUGACUCAUGUGAUACUUGUCGCGGAGCCGACGAUGGCAAUUGCAGCGAUGAAUGCUGUCAGGAAGGUGGCUCCUGUAUGCCAAUAAAGCCACCACUGCCUCCAGAAGUGCCAAGCAUACUGAAAGCAGAUGAAACUCAGGCCCCAGUCAAACAUUACGAUCAUCUGUCCGUGGUCUCCGAGGAGACCUUGAGCAAUCCAGAAUUUCAAAUGGCCCAACAGCAGGAUCAACAUCUAAUGAUCUGCACACCUGAUCUAAAUGGCUCACAAAGCACACUGCCCAGUUUAAUGGGUCCCUUGACACCGCUCACUCCCAUUGAGUUGGUGGCAAAUCAAUUGAACGAUCUGCAGGCCAUGGUUCCGCCUUUGUCAUACUUUGAGAAUAUCCUGCAUCAGCACAUGAGCAGUGGACCGUGUUCAGCGGUUUUAACACCGACUCCCGAAUUGGGGACCAACUCCAGCACCACAACGGGGAAAACGAUGCGCCACACUAAUGGCUGGGACUAUAACCUUCAGUCGCCUUUCACACAACGUAAAUACUCAAAUACGUCAUCGCCAUCCCAUUCACCGCCACCUCCACCGCCGGGUUCGGUUACGGGUCCAAUGACCACAUUUGUGCCAACCUCCACACACCAGGCCAUGCCCAAAAUAGCUUUAAAUGCUCUUCCACUGCACAGUUUGGGGCCUGGCGGAGAUAUCGAAACUGUGGCCAUUACAACAAAUGCAACGCAACAAGCGCUCAACAGUCCGAAGCAUUUUUUUGCCCCCAUCAAGCCGCGCCUCAAGCUCAACACCAAAUUGGCCAAUCAGGGGCAAGAGGGUCACCAGGGACAAGAGUCAAACGAUGCCCUGCCGCCGGGCUCUCCGCCUCCGCCAUUGCGUGCCAACCCGCCGGACAUAUUUGUGAACAAUGCCCUGGCCUCGCCCUAUCAGAGACAGAACCAAGUAAGUCCGCGUCACCGUUCUUCGCAUUGCCAGCUCGCGCACUCUUCGCAUGCCCAUCAGCACCGCCAGCGUUCAUGCCAGCGGCAGGAACCGAACCAAAACCACACCACUCCUCCCUCCCAAUGCGCCCUCCAUCGGGCGGUGAUCAAUGUGGCGGCCGCUGCCGUCGGCCUGGGUCUUGUUGGCGGUGCUGCUGAGGCUAGAGCCUAUCCCGGCAGCGUUGUUGACAUCUACACAGCUGCCCUUGCUGCAGCUUCCGCUGCAGCGUCCGCUUCCGCGUCAGCGCCAGCAUCGCCGUUGCCUCCGCCCCGCUCCCAUUUGGAGCCCAUCUAUGCAACCGCACAAAAACGUUGCCAUAGCACUUGCAUCUCAUCCACGGCCUUGACCAAGCCAUUGAUGACAGCUACCACCAAUACAACGAAGACCACCACGUCCCCUCUGCGAAUGACCAGCAGGCCAACGGCAAGAGCCGCGAGUCCCAAAGGGGGGGCUGGUGCUCGUGGAUGCAGGCAAACAUCCAAGGCUAGCGACCUGGACAAUGGGUCUCAGACGGAGUCUAUUAACCUUGAAUCUAUACUGAACGAUAUUGAAACCAUAUCGGAGGAUAUACUGGCCAUUCAAUUGGAGAAAAGCAAAUCGCGCGAUAAUCUCAUAUCUCCAGAUCCUAAUAAAGACACGGAUAAGAUGAAGAAACCCUAUCGGUCCGAGAUGAACUUGUAUUUGCAAUAUGGAGACGGCACAAAUCCCACCAUAUCACCCACCACAACCAACAGCAGCAGCAGCACCACCACCACCACGGCAUCGGCAACAUCAACAGCUGAAACCACCAAACUUAUGCGGCGCACCCGUUCGCUAGAGCGGGAGCACACAGACAGUCCGGCGCCACAUAUACCGGAUCCCAUGGCGCCGUUUCCGGAUAAGUGCACUUACCUGGGAUUCGAUCAGCUCAAUCAAGCUGCAGGUAGCCAGCAGCAGCUAACGUCACCAAGUCAACGUCCUCCCAUUGCUACCAAACCAAAUGUACCAUCAAAGCCUCCGCCGCCACUGCCUCCUGCCCGUCGACCAGCCAUGCCAACCGAACCGCCGCCACCACCGCCUACAUCAGGAGCAGCCACCGCUUCAGUGGGUCUUUCGCCCAAUAAAAGUCACCUGUACAAAUCUCUGGCCUCGGCGGCGGCAAAGAGAGCCAUUUUCCGUUCGUCGCCAUCGCAGACGCAGACACGAUCCCUUGAUGUGGACCUUACUGAAAAGGAGGCGAAUUCUGGAGAGCCCGACAACGAAGCGACCGAGGCAGCCAAGCGUAAGAAUCGACGGGUCUCCAUUGUCUGCGCUGAGGAUCAAUCCGUUGCACCACCAGUGACCACUGCACCCACUGUCACAGCCAGUUGUGUGGAUCUCAGCUCUGCUCUUCUCACACAUCCCAACAUCAAGGCCUUUAAACAGAUUAGCCAUAGCACACCAAAUUCACCACAUUCCUCGCGUCGGCGCACCAACAGCAAUGGCACUCCACCGACAACACUAGGAGCAGGAGCGGCAACAUCUGUUGGGAAUCCGCAUCCGGAAUUGACAGCGUCAGUCUCAGCUCCGCCUAGUACCACACAUCAUCAGCAGCAUCAUCAUCAUCGGAAGGAGAGCAGCGAUCCAGUACCCAUGACGGCCACUGUAAGCCGCACAAAAUGUUCGCGACGCCACUCCGAAGGGACCGUCCACAAUGUGCAUCGCAUUAGUAAUGCCAGCAGUGGUGGUGGUGGUGGUGGUAAUGGAAGUGGCGGACAUCAUCAUCAUCAUCACAGCCAUAGCCAUCAUGGCCAUGGCAGCAGUUUACUCAUUAGCCAGAAUCCACAUCAUAGCCAUCAUUCCCAUCAGGAUAGUAAUCAUGAGACAGUCACCUCGUUAUCCGAUCGAAAUUCAAAUAGUUUCGCCUCCUCACGCGAAUCCUCAACCAGUUUCAGUAUGCGCUCGAAUCGUAGAAAAAUAUCAAUAAGUUCGCAUACCGGUGGCAAGAUUCCAUGGUGCGGUUGUUGGGGUAAUGGCUGCCUUUAGAAAGUUUUACCUUGUCAAAGAAUAUGAGCGUAUGGUAGGGAGAAUUAUUAGCUGCCGUCCAAAGAACUAAAUUACAUAUACCUGAUCACGAAUAUUUCAAAAUUUUGUAGUAGAGCUACACAUAUCAAGAUUUCACAAGGGAUAAGUAUAUCAUUGAAAGUUUAUAUUCAUUUGGACAGUCACAAUGGUUACACUUCCAAAUUUUUUCAUUCAUUUGAGCCGUCCAAGAGAAAAAUCGUAGUGAAUAUAAGUACAAAAGCAUAAAUCAUCCUAAAAUCCCGCCACCGCCAAAAGUGAACCAAACUAAUUGAAACAAAUGUUAUUUCUAAAAUCAAACAAUACUCAAUUUCAAUUCCAGAACUCGAUGAAAUUUUCUUUGUACAUAUAUACGAUAUUUCAAUUCAACUGUAGCAUUUAAAUUAUUAAUUAAUUGAUAAUUCUGUAAACUAUAAAUUAAGAUAGUAAUUCUUGUUAAAAUUUCAUUCAGAAAAUCGUAAAAAAUU